AUGAAUGCGCCCUAUCUAACGGACCUUGAAUCGCGAGUUUCAUGGCUGGAAUCCAUUGUUCGUGAUAGAUGUCCAGAUGUUGACCUCGGCGCAGGGCCAGGACGGCCAUCACCAGCUAAAGCAGCGCGCCUGAACUCUAAAGAUUCCCCAGAAGAGUCUUCACCUCAUGAGAUCACGGAGCAAAUGAGUCUCGUAUCUAUCUCCGGUGGCUCAGACCUUCGAUACUUGGGCCCCUCCAGCGGCCUCUUCUUCACCAAAUUCGUGCUUGCGGGCUUGGCGCAUGUUGCAGACAUCGAGACAGUAAAUCUUCGCGGCACCGGAAGCGACGACAACGACGAGCUCUUACCUGGAGAUUUAGUUGACCUGCAAGCAAAAGACUUUCCCAAUGACAAGAGACAAACCCUAUUCCUCACUCAGAUAUACCUCGACUCUGUUCAUCUUCCGUGGCCUUUCUUACAUGAGCCCACUCUCCUUGCCAUCAUUGACAGGGUUUACAACGGAGCACUAUUGGAUCCCCUGGAAGAGUUCCACGUCUUUAUGGUUCUGGCAAUCGGAGCCACGAUUUAUGGUCGGCGGUCGCGGCGGCAUAUGCUGGGCGAAGGUUAUUAUGCUUCUGCUUUGCAGCGUCUGGAUACCGUUUUCAGAACGCCGUCCCUCGCUACUUGCCAAUGCCUCUUAUUGCUGGAAAUGUAUACUCUCCAUGACCCAUCGUCGGGACUGAAUCUUUGGCAACUUCACUACCAUUCGCUGGCCUCAUGUUUGGAACUAGGCUUGCAUCGCGAUGUUCGAAAUCCUCGCCACUUUAACCCCCUUCAAAUCGAACUCCGCACGAGAAUCUUUUGGUGCACAUAUGCCAUGAACCGACAGCUCUGCACUACAAUGGGGCGGCCGCUGGGCUUUUUCGACGAGCAAUGUGAAUUAAGAAUACCCUUGGACGUAAACGACGAUGAGCUGACCGAGGAAGGAGUACGGGCCUCUCCGAGACCUCUUGGAAGUCAUUCAACAAUGUCAAGCGCAAUCCAUCUCUUCAAAUACGCCAGGCUCAGCUCUGAAAUCAAGGUUGUCAUCUUUUGCACUGACCGAAGCUAUCCGCCAUAUGUAACUCCCGCCAUUACCGACAUGUCAGCAUGGCGUACGGACGCAAUAAACCGCAUACGGAAAUGGCGACAAGAAAUCCCCAAGCAUCCUGAUGGCGAUCGCAUGGCUUACCUAAAUGAUCUCUGUGAGAUCCGAUACCAUGAACUGAUGAUGCUUAUCCUGCGUCCCAACCCUGUGUUCCAACAACCCACAAAAGCGGCCAUGGGCGAAUGUUUCAGCAGCGCCAUCGCGUGCAGCAAGCUCUACGCGAAGCUCCAUAACGAGAACCAGCUGCGCUACGGAUGGCUUACUGUCCACUCAUUAUUCCUAUGUAUCAUGACCAUCUUCUACUGCGUCUGGACACCGGACAGCAUUGCCGAACAUGUCAACUUUGAGUGCCUGACACAGUCUCUGAAGGCGGCGUCGGAUGUCCUCAGUGCAACUGGAGAGUACUGGCCCGAGGCAAAGCGGAGCCGCGAUGUCUUGGAUCGAAUCUUCUCCGCAACCAUGAGACGGUUUUCCCCGCGGCAAGAAUUUCCAAAGGGGGUUCCGUUGCUCUCCUCUGCAGAUUCUCAACCUGGAAGCGCUGCGCCAUCGAUGAGCAUGACCGACGGCACCAGCGUCUCGUCUCAAUCCGGCAACAGUCCAUAUGGGGAUGCACUCCUCUCUACGGUGGAAGGAUUUGUCACUUCGGCGCCGGCGGACGCAAUUCUUGCCCCAGGAGAAGGGCUGCUGCCUCCAGGCGAACCGGCGCUGGGCUCGCAGCCGCUCUCUUUGGCGGAUCUUCCAGACAUGAUGGCCGAGUUCCCUGCUUAUCCGAGCGCGACGCUGGACUCGUUCAUGUCGACGGACUGGCUGUCGUAUUUCAUGAAUGCGGAAGACUUUGGGGGCAUGGGCAUGAUGGAUGAUAGCUUCGGAGGCUUGGGGGGGUUGGAUGCAGUAACGGACAUGUCUGGAUGGUACCAAGGGAACAAUAUGGGCGUGAUGCAAUGA